AGUGAGUGGGAGGGGCCCAUAAAUGGGAGAAUAAGGAACACGCCCUUCACUGUGGUGGUCUCCAGCUCCCAGUCCACUGCCUGACACAGCAGCGGUCACACCACCGGCCAACUGACUGGCUUUCCGAAUGAGUGCCUGUGUUUUUAUCUUUGUUCCCUGGUAACGAGCGGGACCCAGACACGGUCUAUUUCAGGCAGAGGACCAUUUCUUUGAAGGUAUCAGAAGGCUUCCUAUACUUGCUGAGAGACACUUUUUUUGACUCUGGGUGUCGCUUCCUCUUUGUUGGCACUAACAGAAUAAAUAUCAGAGCCCCCACAGGAUGUGUGUGGUAUGGUGUAGCAGAGAACUGGAGUUUCCUUUGAUGUGACCGUACACUCAGCCACAUUAAUAGAGGAGUGAUCAGUAGGCUGACGUACUGGUUUGCUGGGCUAGUCCUCAGGGCAGUGGCCGCCCCUCUCGUGAUUGUGGAGUAGAGACCAGGUGAAGGAAGUAUCCAGUUCAGCUGGAGAGUUACAACGGCACAUCGACAGAGCCAUUCCUGGACUUUUCUUCUGCAGAACUCAUGUUUUCACAUCUUCCCUUUGACUGUGUCCUUCUGUGGCUACUACUGCUUACAAGAUCUUUGGAAGGAUCACGCACAGCCAAAGUGGGCCAGAAUGCUUUCCUACCCUGCAACUACUCUCCAUCCACCCCUGAGGACCUCGUGCCUGUGUGCUGGGGCAGAGGACCCUGUCCUAUGUUUCAGUGUCAGGGUGAAGUGCUCCACACUGAUGGAAGGCACGUGACUUAUAGCAUAUCCAGCAGAUAUCAGCUAAAGGGGUAUUUACAAAAUGGAGACGUGUCCUUGACCAUAGAGAAUGUGACUUUAGCUGACAGUGGGACCUACUGCUGCCGCAUCCAAUUUAUAGGCCCAAUGAAUGAUAAAAAAUUAGACCUGCAGUUGGACAUCAAACAAGCCGAGGUCACCCCUGCCUGGACCCGGUGGAGAGACAUCACCACAGCCUUUCCAAGGAUGCCCACCACCGAGGGACACAGCUCAGCAGAAGCACAGACACUGGAGACCCUCGAUGAUAAAAAUCAAACACAAAUUUCCACAUCAGCUAAUGAGUUACAAGACUCUGGCGUGACCACCAGAAUAAGCAUGUACAUUGGAGCAGGGAUUUCUGCUGGGCUGGCUCUGGUUCUUAUCUUUGGUGCUUUAAUUCUCAAAUGGUAUUUUCAUAGGAAACAGAAGUUACAGAAUUCAAGGCUCGUCACGUUGGCCAACCUCCCUCCCUUAGGGUUAGAAAACACAGUAGCAGAGGGGAUGCGCUCAAAGGAAAACAUCUAUACGAUCGAGGAGAACGUCUACGAGAUAGAAGACCCAUCAGAGUACCACAGCUACGUCAGCUGUCGGUAGCCAUCCUGACAACGUCUGGGUUGGGGCUUGGGUUGUCCUCUCUGGAAACUCUGAAGUGUGUCAGCUGAGUGGCGUUCAGUGCCUGCCACGGCUACCGAGCACCCUCUUCCAUUGUCCAAGACAGUGAGCUCACCGAGGACUGGGCCCGGACCUGCGCAAUACUCAAGCCUGUCACAGCAUUGCCUCUGCCUCCCGCCAACAAGGCUACUCAGCCCGGAGACUGCUCACUGGGGCAUCAGAACUCACGUGAGCUUCUGUGUGAAGUGGGAAUGCUUACUGUGGGGUCCUAGAGUUCCAGGGAUUUCAGUCCCAGGAUGUGUCCAGGAAGCUCCUGAAACUGUAGGGAAAGUUGUGUGCUGGGAUGUGUGCGUGUCUGUUUGGUCCAGAAAGUCUAAGGGCCACUGAUUUUCAAGGAGCAUGGUGACUCAUAGAAGGUUAAGAACCUACUGGAGCAGGACUAGGUGGUCUUGAAGGUCUCCCUUGAGACUCAGGGUUUGUGCUGCUUUGAGUGAAGGCUCCAGCAGCAGCUGCCCCUGCACAGCUCUCCUGCCCCAGUCAAGGAGACAGCCCAGCGAGCCGGUGUUGGGGCAGGAGCACCUGGGGAAAAGGGAAGCGUGCUCGGUGUAUGUUGUCAAGUUCUGCUCGGGGUGCAUGCAAAGGGAAAUGUCUCUGACCAACUUCUCCAUUCACGGGGGGAACUGGAGCUGUAUUGUUCACAGAAGAAGAAGCAGUGUCUGUUUCUUGGUGGAAAGAAGGCAAAGGGCUCCAGCAGUCCGGACUUAUCAGUGCUAAGCCCCUUGGUGGAAAGACAGUGGUCCCCAAGCUUCCAUCCCAGGAUUGUGGACACUAGGUCUGCCUUACUUAUUGUCUCCCCAGUGCCUGUCACUGCUCUCACACGUCAUAGAAGUUCACAGACACAGCUCUGUGACCUCACUUCUUGGAGAACUCACGAAUACCCGCAAACUCCACCUGUGCUCUUAUGCAGGCAAAGUGUCAGUCUGAACUCUUGUAUGAAUUUUCUGUUCUGGUUGCAUCUAGGCAGUUUGGGGAAAAUGCAGCGGCUUUUUCUAGGGAGCUACGGGAAGGAGAUCAUUUUUGCAAAGUCCCAGGCAGUGGCUCUCACACAGGUUGAAAAGUUAAUCGUGAAUGUUAUGAAGUUAUGAAGUUGUGGAGGGAAGGGACUUCAGCACACACUGGAGCAGCUCAGUGGCCCCUCCGAAGGAGGUGCUCACCCUACAAAACCUGCAGACAAGUGUGUGUGCACACGACUUACCAUGGCAAAGACGUUUGCGAGAGACCUCUUCCCUCAACAGGGGAGUAGUUAGCUGAUCAGUGUGAUCCAUGAGCACACGGGUGCAGGCAGAACUAGGUGGUCUUCAUCACUGAGCUGUUUUGCUAAUUGAACAAAAGUUUAUUAAUACUUACUCUGUGCCAGGUCUCUGAUGCCGAGACCAGAGAGACAGACCGAACAGACGCGUCCCCAACCCCCAGAGCUCCCAGUCUGACUGGCAGGAGUCCCGGCUCCAUCCACUUGGGCUGUGAAUGUUCACGGUGGUCUGAUCUGUCAGGCACUGGGUUAGUCCCAGGAGCAGAACAGUGAGGGAGCAGAUAAAACCCCUCCUCUGACCAAGCUCAUGUUACUUGUCAGGGAUAAUGCUGUAUCGUUAUGUCCAAGGAAAAGAAAAAUGUUCUCGAAUAGUAUAUAUAGUUGGUUGCAAAUUUCUUCUGUACUUUAAAACAUCUGGAAGAACAUACCCAAGUUGAUAUGGCUGCCCCACAGGGGCAAAUGGUCAAGAGACAAGCUUUCACUUUUUUCUGUCACAUGCUUCCGUAAUUGUUUGAUGAUCUCCAGGUUCUUUGGUAAUAAAAAGAUUAGAUGUAAAUGUGACAGCAUGUUUUUCUGUCUGCCUUCCUCUUCAUAGAAAGGAAUGGAGGACUGGUUUACUUACAGAGCAGGGCCAGGGGGAGGGCGUGGCUGCAAGCUGGGGCUGGACCCGGGGCCUGAAGAAAAGGAACCCCACUCCAUCAGUUAUUUGGUUGCGGAAGGUGGCAGAAAGCGAAUGCAAAGCUGCUCCAAGUGCCCUGGAAAUGGCGAGUGAAAAUGUUAUUAAAAAGUGUAAUUAGUUUGAAUAUGUGUUUUGUUCAUAGCAGUGCGUAGAGAUUUUGUUCGUUUGCUUUUUUUGUCCUCCCCAGAGCUCUGCUGAAGCUCUCACAGGCCAUGAAAAGAGGAGCUCCUCAUCUUUUAAGACUGAAAAAGUUGCUGGGGUCCAGCCUCGGCAGGGUUCAGGGUCCUUGAAGGAUGGAUGGCGCAGGCGAAUGAAGAGUCAGACACCUGACUAGUUGCUGGAGAACAGCCAGCCUCUGUGGGACUGACUGAACUCAUAGAGUUUGAUUUAGGCUUUAUUUUUAUAGAGAGUGUUGUAUAACAUUAAAGGAACAGGUGCAUAGCAUGAUCAGUUAAGCAGAAAAAACAAAUAUAGAGGUAACUAGGAAAACUACAAGAAUUUCCAUAGUUUCAGUUAUGUUAAACAAAAGUUGUUUUGACCAGGAGAACCAUUAAUCAGACAAUUUGAAAUAGCUCUAUGUACAGAGUUUGAAUGUCUUAUUGUUUAUUAAAGGUCUUAGAAUUUGGCAUGGGGCAAAAAGGUACGCUAGACUGAGCAGAGAUUAGGAAAUUCAUUAUAAGCCUUUGUGAUGUCUAACUUAACUAUCUUUCUGUCCAAAAUGUUUUUCUAUGUACUAUGGACUCUAACUCCUUGGUAAUUGUAUCUAUGUGCUUAGUUUAUAGUAUCUAACAAGCUUCUCCUGUAUCUUUGCCUACUAAAUUCUAAUUAAUGUAUAUUCCUGUUCACGGUAAAGGAGGGGCUGUUACUCCAACAACUUUUAGACAUUCAGGCGCUAUUUCAUUAGAGGAACUUUGUUCUCUGGUCAAGAAAUUAUUUUGUACAACUUCAUUGGAAUUAUGCGAAUCAAUGAACCUGAAAUACAGGUGUCUAACAAUCCUACCACCUUUAUAUCACCAAAACAAACUUGUAAUGAGAGAUAGACAGGAAAUCCAGCCACAGAUGCCUCUGCCUUGCAGAUGCAUCUCAACCGUUCUGACCUUGUCAAGGGACGGUUGCUGGCCGGCCCCCGACAAAAAGUAAGGCCUUAUUAUUUUUUUAAUGUAUUGAUUUGAGAAAGAGAGACAUCAAUUUGUUGUUCCACUUAUUUAUGCAUUCAUGGGUUGAUUCUUGUCUGUGUCCAGACAGCGGGUGGGACCUGCAACCUUGGCCUGACUGAGUGACACUCUGACCAGCUGAGCUACCAGGCCAGGGCAAGCCUUGCUGUGCCUACCUGGUCUGUUACUUUUUCUCCAUUUGAAAUUUCCAAAACAGAAAUUCCAAGUGGUUCUUUGUUUUAUUGUAAUUUACCUUACUGUCCUUCACGUGUGAGUUUUUCACAAAGCAAAGGCAGGGCCCUUCACCAACAAAAAUUUCCGGCUGCUUUAUGGUGGGUGGUCUGGGACCGAAGCCACAUUAUCUCCAAGGUGUGCCUGCAGUUGGUUUUUGGGUCAUCCCAAGGUGCCUAUUUUAAAUCCCACUUAAAUUUUAAUUUUAUUCUCAUUUAAAGUUAAAUUUAAAAAAAUUAAACAAGAACAUUAAUUUGUCUCCAGAUUUCUACUGAGAAAGUGUGAAUCCUUCCGGAGAUAAGUAGAGAUGCUCUAGAGCUGUGACUUUCACGAUUUCCAUCAGUGUUUUCUGGGACUCAGUUGGAAAGAGGGGGAAAGGAGUGGGGCAGCUGGGGGACCAUUUGAGUGAAAGGUUCUCGAGCUUAAGCAGGGCUCAGAUUUUGACUGUUUUAAACUAGAAACCUGUGCAAAGAGCAGUAUGAGUCAGGACUGUUAUUUUCAGCCUUCAAGCUCUUCUGUGUCUUACUUUCAGUUAUAUUGACAACAUUUAUAAAGGACAUUCCAAGUGACUCAGUUCCUCAUAGUGGUGAUUUCUUUCUGAAUGCUUGUUCAAAUUCCUUCUGCUUUUGGUGUGACCCUCUUCUUCCAGAAGAAGCAGUGAAGUUUGUUUUUUUUUAAUCCUCACCUGAGAAUAUGUUUAUUGAUUUAUUUAUUUUUAUUUUAUUUUUUUCAGAGAGAGGGGAAUGGAGGGAGAAAUUGAGGGAGGAAACAUCAGUGUAUGAGAGAUACAUUGACUGGUUGUCCCCAAGCAGGGACCUGGCUGGCAACCCAGGCAUGUGCCCUGACUGGGAAUCAAACUGGUGACUGUUUGAUUCGCAGGCUGGCACUCAGUCCACUAAGCCAUACUAGACAAGGCAUGUUUAUUGCUUUUAGAGAGAGAGAAACAUUGAUGUGAAAGAGAAACAUAGAUCAGUUGCCUUCUGUAUGCACCCCAACUGGGGAUCAAACCUACAACCUACGUAUGUGCCCUGACCAGGAAUGAACCCACAUAUUUUUGUGUGUGGGACAGCGUUCCCACUACCUGAGCCACUGGCCAGGGCAUGAGAUUUUUAAAAGAUUUUCAUUUAAACUAUUUAUGUGUGGUGGUGGUGGAGGUGGGCCACCUGUUUAAAUAUGCAUAUUAUUUUAAUUAGUUGUUUUGUGUGGAUGUCACCAUUGGAAAAUGUUUUAUUAUAACUUACAGUCCAUACUGGCUUCAUGCUUCACGAUCAAUUGAUAUGCUGUCUUUUAUAAUUUCCCCUUUUUGUAUUUCUACUUUUGCAUUAAUUUUAACCCUAGUUCAUUUAAAACGGGAAUAUUUUACAUGCCAAUGUAAUGUUCAUUUUCAUUUGGUCGGCUCUGAAAUAUCCAUAUGUCUAGACAUCUAAGAUGUUUUAAAUUUUAUUAUCCACAGUUUUACUUGCUGUUACUUCUCAAUUGUGUGGUGAAUUUAAUUCUUGUUCAUAAAACACUCAAGGAAAAUAUAACAGCUAUAUAUUUGUAGGUUCAGGUUGUUUCACAAGGUUUUGUUUUACUAAUAUUAUAGCUAUUUUAAUUCAUUUGUUUAUUCCCAAAUUUGCCACAAAAUCUUAGCAAAAAUCUCUUGAUUGGAGUACUGGCUAAAUCUGAGAGCUGGAGGGAGGAUCCAGUGUGAGGGGCUUUCAAAUCUGCCCAGCCCAGGCCUCAUUGAAGUUCUCAGAAAAGCUGUACUGUCUUGGUUCUCUCCAGCAACCCUCCUACUGCAAUAUAAAUUCCUACUAUUCAAGCAGCAGCCAAAUAGUUUCUAGUCACCCUGGGAGAAAAGGGUUAUCUGAUUGGGUGGAAUUUCAGAUAGAAACAAAACAGUGUGAUGUUUAGUCAUCCUUGCUACGUCAUUUCAAGCAAAUGCGCCCACGAGGGACCUGGGAGGGGCAGCUGGGUUGGAGCCACCUGCCUGCAGUGUGUUGUGACUCUGAGUAAGAAUCUCUUCUUAAGCAGAGAACACACACCUUGUUAAGUUGCUUGUUUAUUUUAUUGGGUUUUUUUUUUUUACUAUUUUACUUUGAAAUAAUUCGAGAUUUGCAGAAAUUUGCAAUGAUUCCCUUGUUUCCUCUGAUGUCAACAGCUAGCAUAACCAGGGCACACUUGUCAAAACCGAGACAUUAGCAUUGGUACAAUACUGCCAUCUAAACUACUACGAACAUUGCUUGGAUUCCCACUAUUGGCUUUUUAAAUUUUCAGUUAAAUGCUCUGUGAAAAACACAGUAGAUUUUAGGCGAAGGUGAAACUCCUUAUUCCCUGUCCUCCUCAUCAAGCCUUCUCCCCACUCCCACUCCCCAGGAAUAAGCAGGGUUAGUGCUUUAUUUUUCUAGACCAGCACUGUCCAGUAAAAUUUCAAUGGGAGCUAUAUAGGUAAUUUAAAAUUUUCUAUUAGUCGUAUU